AUGCGAAAUUGUGACUGUGGAUUUGUCUUGGACCCUCCUGACAAUAUAGCUGCUUUGAGCACUGAUUCAGUGGGUCAAGAUGAUGAAGGAGUUAAUACUAAAAAUACUUACAAAACCACCGCUGUACCAGCGUCUCCCUUGGAGCGUGGCCCCGGCGAGACAAACACUAGGGUGCUUAAUUCUGGUAAAAAUAAAAUAGAAAAACAUGUUUCUUUUGAUAAUUCUUCUUCUUCUUUGGAGCCACUUCCCACAGAAAUCCUAAGGCAUGUGUUGAUAUGCACGUAUUUAUUCCAAAAGGAGAUCUGUUUAGACAUUGGUGUGGAAAACCUUGCCCGCGCCUUGAGCUUACGAUUAUUUGGGGAAGACAUUACGACAGCUGCACGGGAGGCAGCUCAAAAAAAAGGGCGUGCUGCUCCCGAAAUUGAAACAGCUAGAGACUCGGAGGAAGUUCAGAAGCCUGGGGAAGAUGACAAUGCAUUACAAAUGGAUAGUAGCUAG